ACUCUAGGGCAAAAUUUCUCCCGUUCAGCAGCCUUCUUCUACUGUAGCUAUGUUUCAACUUCCUUGGGUCCAACGCCACAUCCCCCAGAAGCGAAUCAUCCCUAUCAGCGCGCCCCAGGGUCUUAACGGCCUUUUGUGUCUGUCAGAUCCCCAGAACCGUUCCGUCGUAGUGUUGAUGCACACGCGCUUCCGCGCGAACCUUUCAAUGCUCGACAGAGUUUGCGGGGAAUAUUCCGCGUCAGUGUUGCGAGCGGAAUCUCACAUUAUUGCAUCGUUCUGUAUGGCACCAAACACUGUGUUGCUGGAUCAGGGUCCCAUUAUUGAGACCCCACACGACUUGGCCAUUGGUCACUUGCGUGGUCUGGCAUAUCCAGUUGUCACCAGCUGGGCAAGCUCUGCAGGCAGAUCUAUCGAUCGAUCGCGCGAUCAGGGCGGAAACUCAGAUCAGAUUCAUUCUCGUUGGCUAUGUCUAUCAGUGGAGAAAGUUGGCCCAUCGCGUAGACGCGAUUCUGCUGUGGCAAGCGGUUCGCAGCAUGUUUCGCCGAUGACACGAAAAAGGGCAUCGCUUGCUCCACACUUCAAGCCCUUAACUGGAGAGAAAAGAACGAACCUAGAGGCGAAUCACGCCAAUCUGCUUACUGCAACAAGCGACAGGAUCUUGGUCAAAAAGAUCGUCAUUUCAGUGCGGCUGGACCGUCCAGUUGGACGCCAUCAUCGACUCUUGUUCCGUGUCGGAGUUAAUCAAUUAGAGCGAGUGGAGGUUGGAGUGGUGAAAGAGGAUAACGAAUCGUGCCAUAGUUAG